UGGUGUUGGGCAGUCAUUUAUAGAUCGAAGCUCCAGAGCUCCUCUCCAAUGGCGAAAUCUCAAGCUUCGGCGUUGGUGGAGCCGUUCUGCACUUCCGCUAUUGCUCUGCUCCUUAUACUGGUCACCUGCGUCGACCUCUGCGACGCCGUCGCCGUCGUCGAUGUCUACCGCCUCGUGCAGUACGAUCUAGCCGGCGUGCCCUUUGGAUCCCGACUGGCCGCCCUCAAUCAUCACGCAGGCUCUUCCUUCUUCUCCUCCUCCUCCUCCGCCGCCGCCGAUCUUUCUCGCACUGUUCUUAUCCUCCCUGUCCGCGAAUUGAAUCUCACCUUCAUUAAAGAAUAUAUUGGUCAGAGGAAGCCACUGGGUGGGUUGUUACUUCUACUUCCCUCAAUCUUUAAUCCCCACAAUUGGGAUCACAAUAGUGAUAAUGAGGUCGAUUCUGCAAACGGCGUAACCAAGAGUAUGUUGACUGAGCUGGAGCAGUUGCUUAUACAUGCAAACAUCCCUUAUCCUGUGUACUUCGGUUUUGAGGAUCCCAAUGUUAUUUCCGUUCUUGCUGAUGUUAAGAAGAAUGAUGUCACUGGUCAACCAGCUACUGCCACAACUGGCGGGUACAAGCUUGUUGUCGCUACGCCAGAACCCAAGAAAAUUGCUUCUCCAACUAUCACAAACAUUCAGGGGUGGUUACCGGGAUUGAAAGCUGAUGGGGAUUCGAGUCAGCUUCCCACCAUAGCUAUUGUAGCAUCAUAUGAUACUUUUGGGGCUGCACCGGCAUUAUCUGUGGGAAGUGAUAGCAAUGGAAGUGGUGUUGUUUCACUUCUAGAAAUAGCAAGGUUGUUUUCGAUUUUAUAUUCAAGCCCUAAGACAAGAGGAAAGUAUAACUUGCUCUUUGCGCUGACCUCUGGAGGACCUUAUAAUUACAAUGGAACUCAUAAGUGGCUUCGUAGCUUGGACCAACGAUUGCGUGAGACCAUCGAUUAUGCUAUUUGCCUGAAUAGCAUUGGCUCGGCUCGCAAUGAGUUAUGGAUGCACGUGUCUAAGCCUCCAGACAAUGUUUACAUAAAACAAAUUUUUGAGGGUUUCACCAGUGUGUCCGAAGAAUUGGGACUUAAAGUUGGAUUAAAGCACAAGAAGAUCAACAUUUCUAAUCCUCGAGUGGCAUGGGAGCACGAGCAAUUUUCAAGGCUGAGAGUUACAGCAGCAACAUUGUCUGAGCUUUCUAGUGCGCCUGAUUUCCUGGAAAGUACCGGAGGUUUGUCAGAUAGCAGACAUGAAGUUGAUGAAGCUUCAAUUCGUCAAAAUGUCAAACUAGUUGCCGAAAGUCUUGCAAGGCACAUUUAUGGCCUUGAGGGAAAAAAUGUAGAUAUAUUCGCAGAUGGUACUAGUCUAUCUGUAAAUCCUUAUUAUAUUCACUCGUGGUUACAAUAUUUGUCGAGAACGCCUAGAGUGGCUCCGUUUCUCUCCAAGAACGAUCCUCUUAUCAUGGCACUGAAAAAGGAAUUAGCCGAACACACAAUGGAUGUGACUGUACAACAGGAAGUUCUCGAAGGCCUGCUAACUUUUUAUGAUUCAACAAGCAGCAGAUUGCAUAUAUAUCAGGUUGCUAGCGUGACAUUCGAUUUGCUUUUGCUACUUGUUCUCGGAUCCUACCUCAUCACUCUCUUCAGUUUUCUGGUUAUCACAACAAGAGGUCUUGAUGAUCUGAUUAGCCUGUUUCGCCGUCCCACUUCCCGGAAACUAAAAACUGCUUGAUUAUCGACCUGGAUAUCGUCCAGUGAGACUAUUUAUCGACCUUGAGUAGCCGAAUGCAGGAUUACUUGUUGGAUUAAGCUUCGGACGAGCAGAUGAACUGGUAGGCUUAAUAUUUAACAGUUUUCAUGUUUAACAUAACAUAGUUUCUUUCUUCGGAUAAAUUAAUGCUAUAAAACAAUUUUGUUUA